UUUCAAACAAUUUAGCCUUUUCCCAUUUUCGCCCCAACAAAUUCAACUUUUUACCCAAAAAAAAUCAUUAUCUAUUAACAGUUCACAUUAAUUAGACAAAUCCAUUUUUCCAAAUUGCCCAAUUAAAAAACCCACUGUUACUCUGUGAUGAAGACUUUACUUUUCCCAACAAAAACUUAUUACGCGGUACAAAUUAUCCCCCUUAUAACCAUGUCACCUCCUCUUUAGGGUUUCAAACAUCCCUCACUUUCUCUCUCAUCCUCCAACACCUUCACUCCACUCCCUCUCUCUCCUCGCCGGAGAAGAAGAUUUCUGGGUUUUGCUUUUCCUUCUAUAAACUUUGAAUCUUUGGAAUUUUUGUCUGUGAUUGGGUAUUCUGCCAAGAGAUUUUGUCUGUGAUUGGGUAUUCUUGAUUGGAAUUGAGGUUUUCAAAAUCCAAAGGUUCCAUUUUGGGGUUUAGGGUUUCGUCUUCUGCUCCAGUUAUUCCAUUUCCCGCUGCAAUUACUCAAUUCCCCGAUUUCAUGUGAGCUGAGAGAGAUCGAUCGCAAUUCGAAAAUGCCGAUUACCGAAUUCCGCGACGCGUCGUCGUCAUCAUCGUCUCCGAGCUCCAAUUCCGGCUCCAUCUUCUCCAUCCUGAGCCGCCGCCGCGACCAGGUCCACUCCGUCUCGCCGCCGCACGCCGCCGAGACCGAGGCGGAGGCCUUCCAGCGCCACGUCGCCGACCGGUUCCACGACCUCGCGGCGGUGGACUCCGACGACCUCCUCUCAAUCCCGUGGCUGCGCAGCCUCCUCGACGUCUUCCUCUGCUGCCAGGAGGAAUUCAAGGCGAUCAUGUUCAACAACAGGGCCGAUUUCAGCCGGCCGCCGCUGGACCGCCUCGCCGCCGACUACUUCGAGCGGAGCGUCAAAGCCCUCGACGUCUGCAACGCCAUCCGCGACGGAAUCGAGCAGAUCCGGCAAUGGAAAAAGCAGCUCGAAAUCGUGCUCUGCGCUUUAGACAACCAGAGAAGCAUCGGCGAGGGCCAAUUCCGCCGCGCCAAAAAAGCCCUAAUCGACCUCGCCAUCGGAAUGCUCGACGAGAAGCAAUCCGCCACCACAUUCGCGCAGAGAAACCGCUCCUUCGGCAGAAACAAAGAGCAGAAAAGCAUAGGCCAUUUCCGAUCCCUAUCCUGGAGCGUUUCCCGGUCGUGGUCGGCGGCGAAACAGCUGCAGGCGAUCGGAAACAACCUAACCCCGCCGCGGCCGAAUGAAUCAGCCGCCACGAAUGGGCUCAGCUUAGCCGUGUUCACAAUGAACCACGUGCUCCUUUUCACAAUGUGGGCACUAGUGGCCGCGAUCCCAUGUCAGGAUCGCGGCCUGCAGGCCCACUUCUGCGCCUCGAAGCAGUUCCCGUGGGCGGGGCCGAUCCUCUCGCUGCACGAGAGGAUCUUGGAGGAAUCGAAGAGGCGGGAGAGGAGGAACGCCUGCGGCUUGCUGCGGGAGAUCAACGAGAUUCAAAAAUGCUCGCGGCAUUUGAAUGAAUUGGCCGAUUCGGUGGCGUUCCCGUUGGCGGAGGAGAGGGAGGCGGAGGUGAAGAUGAGGGUUGAGGAGGUGAGGAAUGUGUGUGACGGUUUGAGGAGUGAGCUUGAUCCGUUGGAGUGUCAAAUUAGGGAAGUGUUUCAUCGGAUUGUCCGAAGCAGAACUCAGGGGCUUGAUUCGGUUGGGCUUCAUGAUUAAAAUCGGAUUUUUAAUUCGAUUUGAGUCUUGUAUUUAUUACAUAAUCAUCGUUUUUUAUGUAAAGAAAUUCCCAAAAAGGAUUGGACUUUGCUCGUGUCCAUGAUGUUCAUCUCUCUUCUCUCUGUAUAAUGAAUUUUGUUCCUUUCUUUGAGUAAA